AUGUUGUUUUCCUUGAUUUUAAUUGUCGUCUGGCAUCCUUCUUCAAUCUUGGAUUUAAGUCAUUCAGUCCAUCAUGUUUUUGUUGCUGAAUCUACUACUUCUGCUGAGGCCAACUUAGUUGUUGGGUCUGAUUCUUUUGACUUUAUCCAUGAUACCGGUGCUACCAGUCACAUUUGCAAUAACAUCUCAUAUUUUUCUUCUCUUCGUCCCACUUCGGCUACCAUUCGUGGUCUUGGUUCUGCUACUGCUGAGGGGGUUGGCGACAUUGUCGUCGAUCUUCUUGGUAAAGAUGACCAGCCUUGUGACCGCGUUGUUCUUCGAGAUGUUUUAUAUGUUCCUAAGAUUCCUCGCAAUUUAUUUGCUGCUCGUCGAGCUACUGCUGGUGGUUGUCGGUUCAUUCAAGACCUUAACCAUAUUUCUGCUGUCGAAAAUGGCAAAACUCGAGUCCACGCCAUUGCCAUGGGUGACUUGUACUUUUGUCGUUUCCGAGUUGUUUUGCCUUCCAAGCCAGUUCAUGAGGUGUUUGCUGUUGAGUCGUCUGCCAAUCUUUGGCACAAGCGACUUGGUCACGCCAGUGUGGACGUUCUCAAGAAAUUAUCUAAGUCACUUUCUGUCAAGCCUACUCAUUUUGAGGUUGUGGAUAGUCAUAAGUGUGACGCUUGUUUGGGUGGCAAAGCCACAGCAUUGCCAUUUAAUGGUACCACAGAAAAAGCUAGUCGUCCUUUGGAGUUAUUUGUUUCUGAUUUAAGCGGUCCUCAUGUCGCUACCCCUGUGGGUCAUCGUUAUGUCUUAACCAUUAUGGAUUAUUAUUCCAGGUACUCUUAUGUGGAGUUGUUGGUUAGGAAAAGUGAUGCAAGUCUUGCCAUUCGUAACUUUAUUGCUAGGUGUGAAUCUUAUUUUUCUGGUGAUUCUGCUGGUGAUCGAGUUGCAUAUUUUCAUUCUGAUAAUGGCGGCGAAUACAUUUCCAAAGACCUGGAGCAGUUCUUUGUGUCUAAGGGUAUCAAGCAUACUUAUACAGUUCCUCAUACUCCUCAACAAAAUGGUGUUGCUGAGCGAUUGAAUCGCACAUUAUUUGAGAAAGCCAAGUCUAUGCUUUUAUAUGCUCAUGCUCCUGAAUACUUAUGGGGUGAAGCUGUCAAGUCUGCUAAUUAUAUUAGGAACCGUCUUCCUAGUCGUACCACUGGUGGUGUUGCACCUCUUCAACUUUGGACGGGUAAACCUCCUAGUUAUCACCAUAUGAAAGUAUUUGGUUGUCAAGCUACAGUUGUUCUUCCUGCUUAUCGAGUUCUUCUUGAUUCAAGCAUUGUUGAAGCCAGGAGUGUUUACUUUGAUGAGUCCAAGUUUCCAUUUAUGAAAAGUGAUAAGGACUUGUCUAUUAAUGGUACUGGUGUUGGGUUUAGUGUUGGUUCUGGUUCAGGGUCCAUGUCAGGACCUUGUUUUGAUUCUAAGGGGACUGGUUUAGGAUCUAAUGUUAGGGUUAAUUCUAUUGCUAGUUCUGAUUUAAGUUCUGGUUCUAGUUUUGGGUCUCAUAGAUCUUUACCAGCAUCCUCAUCUGGUUCUGGUUCUGGUUCUAUUUGUGCUUUACCGUCUCCGUCUCCGUCUUCUUCACCGUCUCAUUCUCCGUCGCCGCCUCCUUCUUCUUCUUCUUCUAUUAUUGUUAAUAUGCCUCGUUCUGUUCGUCGCAUUUUGUCUACACCUUCUGCUCCUCUUGAGUCUCCUACUCUUCCUACUCUUCCUUCUAUUGCUUCAGUUCCAUCUCUUCCUAGUUCUCCUAUUCUUCCACCUUCAGAUCAUGAUGUCUCUAUCUCUCCUGACUCAAGUCCAAUUGUUUCUUCUUCGGAAUAUAUUCCUUCACAAUUAGACUUAUCUGAAGCUGGUCCAUCUAUUAAUGAAUCUGAUAUUUCAGGUGAUUCUGGGAUCUCGCAACGAGGGGGUGAUAUUGGGUUUCAACCGUCUAUCAUUGCUUCGUCUCCCACUCCACCACCUUUUGUUGAGUUGGAAGUAGUGCCACUUAGUCAAGAAUCUCCUUCGUCUGAUCUUGUUAAUUCUCUUGACCAAGCUGGUGUUAGUGUUGUCACUAAGGAUGAUACUCAAGCUGUUUUGCCUAAAUCUCGAUCUCGUGUUGUUGCUGUUCGUUUACCUUCUAUAACUCCUGCCAAACGCCCGAGUUCAGAUGACAUUGUUUCACCUCCUUCUAAACACCUUUGUGAAAAUUCUUUGAAACAAUCUCCAGUGUCUGCAACACCUGCAAAACGUCCAGCUGAAGAAGAGUGUAUUUCUUAUCGUCGUCUCAAAUCUCUCCGCUUUGAUGAAGAAGCUGAGUUUUGGCUUGAAGCCUGUGUUAUUGAAAUGUCGUCUCUUAAACGCAAUGGUACUUGGGAAUUGGUUGAUCUCCCACCUGGUCGCAAGGCUAUCAAUAGCAAAUGGGUGUUUAAAGUUAAGCGCAAAGCUGACGGUUCAAUUGAACGUUACAAAGCUCGUCUCGUGUGUAUUGGAUUUUCGCAAGUUGAAGGUAUUGAUUAUACUGAAACUUUUGCUCCCGUUGUUCGUUACGAGACUGUGAGGAUUGUUCUUGCUAUUGCUGCUCAGUUUGGGUUCCAGGUUCAUCAUAUGGAUGUCGAGACUGCAUUUCUUAAUGGUGAUCUCAAAGAAGAUAUUUAUAUGAGACAACCUAAAGGCUUUGUUGUCAAAGGUCAGGAAUCUAAAGUGUGUCAUUUGAAGAAGUCUUUAUAUGGUUUAAAGCAAGCUCCUUUGUGUUGGAAUGAGAAGAUUCAUGGUGCUCUUGUCAAACUUGGGUUUAUUCGUAAUGAAAGUGACUACGGUGUGUAUACCAAAGGAUCUGGGUCUACCAUGGUCAUUAUUGCACUGUAUAUGAAAGACUUGGGCCCAGUCGAGCAGUUCCUUGGCAUGAGAGUUAAGCAGUCACCUUACCAUAUUACUGUGGAUGUUUCACGUUAUAUUUUUGACGUGUUGGAGGAGUUUGGUAUGCAGAAUUGUUCAAGUGUCAAGACUCCUUUACCCACUCGUGAUCUUUCUGAUUUUUCCGAGUCUGACUCUGCUACCGAUGCCUCCAUGUAUCGCAGUAUUAUUGGUAAGCUGAUUUAUGCUGCUAAUUGUGCUCGUCCUGAUCUUGCUGUUGCUGUUAGCUUUCUUUGUCGAUAUAUGCAGAGUCCUAAGUCUAUUCAUAUGGAAGCUGCUAAGCAUACUCUUCGUUAUCUUAAGGGUACUGCUGAACUUGGUCUUGAAUAUCGAGCUCAGAAAGUCUACAAGCUUGUUGGCUAUAGUGAUGCCGAUUAUGCACAGGACAAGCAGGACCGUAAGUCCUUUACUGGGUAUGUUUUUAUUCUGUCUGGUGGUCCCAUUACUUGGGCUUGUCGAAAGCAAGUUAGUCCUGCAUCGUCCAGCGUCGAGUCUGAGUAUAUGUCAUUGUCUGAUGCGUCUAAGGAAUGCUUCUGGAUUAAUCAGUUGUUGUCUCUUUGCAAGAUUCCUGUUCCGUUGCCAGUGACUAUGUUUGAGGACAAUCAGGGAUGUAUUGCUUUGGCUCAGAACCCAGUGUUUCAUCGUCGCACCAAGCAUAUUGAUGUUCGGUAUCAUGUUGUCCGUCACUAUAUUCGCAGUGGAGUGAUUCAUCUGGAGUAUCUUGAUACUCAAGUGAUGUUGGCAGAUAUGUUUACUAAGAAUCUUGGUCGUGUGAAGUUUGAGACAUUGAGGGGACUACUUGGUAUGAAGGCAGUAGGUGAUUCUGCGACAAGGGGAGGUGUUGAGCAUGCAAUGUUGUCGCAGACUAGUGCAGUUGAUAAUGCACGUGAGUUUGGGUGGGAAACUAUGGUUGACAAUCUAUGUUUAUUUUAG